CAACAACAUGAGCAUCGAAUGCAGUGGAGUGAAACCCCAGCGAGGAAUGUUCACUGUUGUAGCUGCUUCCAGAGUCCUCAGAGCAGUCCCUCGCCAGUCUCCCGCUCCAUUCCCCGUUUCCCGCUCCAUUCCCCUCUUCGUUUCCCGCUUCUCAGUCCGUUCCAUGGCUGAUUCUGCGUCUUCCCCUUUCAAGAAAAUUCAGAUUCAGAGGGACGACACUACAUUCGAUGCUUAUGUUGUUGGCCAAGAAGACGCUCCUGGAAUUGUUGUGCUCCAAGAAUGGUGGGGUGUGGACUAUGAAAUUAAGAACCAUGCUGUGAAGAUUUCUCAGCUUGGUCCUGGAUUCAAAGCUCUUAUUCCAGAUCUUUACAGAGGAAAAGUUGGUCUGGAUGUUGCAGAAGCACAGCAUUUGAUGGAUGGUCUUGAUUGGCAAGGUGCUGUGAAGGAUAUCGGUGCUUCAGUCAACUGGCUUAAAGCCAAUGGUUCAAGGAAGGCUGGUGUUACUGGAUUUUGCAUGGGUGGGGCUCUCUCUAUUGCAGGUUCUGUUUUGGUUCCAGAGGUUGAUGCUGUUGUAGCUUUCUAUGGAGUCCCUUCUUCAGAGCUUGCAGACCCUUCCCAAGCCAAGGUUCCUGUUCAGUCUCACUUUGGGGAGCUGGAUAAUUUUGUCGGCUUUUCGGAUGUCACGGCUGCCAAGGCCUUAGAGGAGAAACUGAAGGCUUCUGGAGUUCCAUACGAGGUACACUUGUAUCCUGGCAACGCACAUGCAUUCAUGAACAGGUCUCCAGAAGGGAUCCAGAGGAGGAAGAGCAUGGGACUGCCUGAUGAAGAUGAAGCCGCAGUUCAGCUGGCUUGGUCUCGCUUCGAGUCGUGGAUGACUCGUUAUUUGUCUAACUAAAUGACCUGGAUAUGGCUGCCAUGUGCUAUAUUUUAUCUCUUGACACUUUCUAUAGUUUGCGUGUUUGUUAUCCGUGCGUUGUUUCCCCAUGCACGGAAGCGUCUUUGAGAAAUUUAGCAGUAUUUCUGAGCAGCCUGUGUCUCAGAUAAUUAUGUUGAUAGAUAGCCUUGGCUAGUGCCUGUGGCGUUGUGCGUAGUUCCUGUUCUCGGCUCUGCAUGCCAUGGAUAUUUGUUCAGACUUGCGGAGUGCGGUAAUAAAUAUCCUCAGAGAAGUAAACUUGCAUGGACAAA